GGCCUUAAUCCGAACGGGCGAUGCGAGAGGGCGGCUGCAGCGCCGCCGGCUGAGCCUGUGGGAAGAAAGGCCGCCCCGCCUCUUUCGCUCUUGUAAACGGCGGAGGGCCAGGCUGGGCUACGCGGGGGAACUUCGAGAGGGGCUCUUUCUGAGGCGUUUUUGUAACACGUGAGGCUUAUUCAUUUGCCUGAUAACGGUAAUGUAAAUCCUACAUGCGCAGUCGGCGGCUUGCCGGUAUUCUGCGGCUUAUCCCGCAUCGACAACAUUCACACAAGGCGCGAGCAGAGGCGCUUUUUAGUGUCACGUCACGUCUGAAAAGGGCUGAAGCUGCUUGCUUAGGCAGGACGGGGAACUUGUUGUGCGUGGCGGUUCCUGUCGAAGAUCCCGGGAGAAACUCAUUUAUGCCCACAAGUGAAGCAUCCCAUUUCAUGAUGUUGCUUGAAAUACUGUUGGCUGUUGUCUUGGGAGCAAUCAUUUACCUGUUUCUGACCAAGAAGAAAGAGGACAAAUUAUCUAUGGGAGAUGGAUGGUGGGGCAAAGGACAGAAGCCUGACUCUGAAGAAGAUGCAGCUAUAUAUCCUUUCAAGGUGGAAACAUCAGACGGCGAGAUAAAUUACUUACAUAGAAGACUUGAUGAGGUGAGGUUUGCCGAGCCAUUAGAGGAUAGUCGCUUUCGAUAUGGGUUUAAUUCAAAUUAUCUUAGGAAGGUUGUUGCUUAUUGGAGGAAUGAGUUCAACUGGAAGAAGCAAGUGGAAGUUCUCAACAAAUUCCCACAGUUCAAAACAAAGAUUGAAGGAAUCGAUGUCCAUUUUCUUCAUGUAAAACCUUCCCAUGUGCCUGAAGGCCAGUCUGCAAAGCCGUUAUUAAUGGUCCAUGGCUGGCCUGGCUCAGUCUAUGAAUUUUACAAAAUAAUCCCCCUCCUGAUGGAUCCAGGGAGCCAUGGCCUCAGUGGCGAGCAUGUUUUCGAAAUAAUCUGCCCUUCCAUCCCUGGCUAUGGCUUCUCCGAGGCACCUCACAAGCAAGGCUUUGAUUCUGUGUGUGCUGCCCGUGUCUUCUAUAAGCUGAUGCUCAGGCUGGGCUUCCAGGAAUUCUAUACCCAAGGAGGGGAUUGGGGCUCGUUGAUCAGCACCAAUCUGGCUCAGAUAGCUCCAAGCCACGUGAAAGGUGUUCACUUAAACAUGGCAACAGUGACUACCCUGCAUUUCAAGCAACUUCUUUCAAUUACCUUGGGACGGUAUUUCCCAGGACUCUUUGGUUUUGAGAAUGUGGAUGUCCAGCGGAUGUUUCCUUUUAAGACAAAAGUGCUCUACAGGAUCCUAGGGGAAGGUGGCUACUUUCACCUACAUGCUACGAAGCCUGACACUGCUGGCUGUGGCUUGAAUGACUCUCCUGUGGGCUUGGCUGCAUACAUCUUGGAGAAGUUUUCUACAUGGACCAAUCAUGCCUUUCGAGAUCUAGAAGAUGGAGGACUAGAAAAGAACUUCACACUGGAUGAUCUUCUCACAAACAUCAUGAUCUACUGGGUAUCUGGGUGCAUAGUGUCCUCAAUGCGUUUUUACAAAGAGAAUAUUGGGAAAGGAAUUGGCACCCAGAAGCAUGAGAAGCUCUCUGUGCAAGUCCCUACAGGAAUUGCUUCAUUUCCACAUGAGGUCCUGCAUAUGCCCCAGUCAUGGCUUCAACAGAAGUAUGCGAACAUCGUUUCCUUCAGCUACAUGGCCAGAGGUGGACAUUUUGCGGCUUUUGAGGAACCAGAGCUCCUUGCAGCAGAUAUUUUGCAGUUUGUGGGGAAAGUAGAAAAGGGCAACUUUGCCAAGAAGUUGGGUUCUGGGCUGUUGUAAUCACCACUGUAGGGAAUCCUCCCCCCACACUUAAGAAGUAAUUGAGAUUAAAAAUGAUUAAAAUGCUUUGCAUUUAGGGUAGCUUUUGCUGAA